AUGGUGAAGUCCGAUCCCGUAAGAUAUUUGCUUACAAGGCCGGUAUUAUCCGGACGCCUUGCACGUUGGCUGCUACAACUGUCCGAGUUUGAUAUCACCUGCACCACCUCAAAAGCCAUCAAAGGGCAGGCCGUGAUUGACAUGUUGGCUUUAUUUCCCGAAGUUGAAGAAUCAACAAUCUCUAAGGAAGUUCUGGGGGAGCUGCCGGAAAUGGUUGCUGUAGUCACAGAGGCAGAACCAUGGACCCUCUACUUCGAUGGGUCUUCUACAUCGAAGGGUGGAGGGGCAGGUGUGGUGCUUGUCAAUCCCGAGGGGCAAGCCAGGGCCCUCUCGUUUAAGCGAAAUUUCCCAUGCACAAAUAAUACGGCAGAGUAUGAAGCUUUUAUUGCAGGGAUGUCUACAACAAGGGAAAUGGGUGUCAAAAGAAUUAAAAUUAUUGGGGAUUCAAACUUGGUGCUGAGUCAAUUACAAGGAAAUUUCGCCGUAAAGGAACCAGCGUUGGCACCAUAUCGUACAGCUGCUGAAAGGCUUGUUCGUUCUUUCAAACAGGUUGUGUUGGAACAUAUCCCGGGAGUCACUAAUAGAUAUGCUGAUGCGUUGGCCACUUUGGGGUCGAGGCUCUCAUUUAUUGAAGAACAACCCAAUAUUGCAGUAAUCAAGAAGGACACGCCAGUUGUUGAAGCAAUGGCUCAAGAGGAGCAGCUGGAAGAGGAUGACUGGAGGAAGCUUGUGAAAGAAAAAAUAGGCAAAGGAAACGACAUCAAAGAAUUGAAGGAUUAUGCGAUCAUCUUUGGGGAACUGUACAGACGCCUUCCGGGAGGUAUUUUGACCCGCUGCAUAGGGAUAACAUAA